ACGUAGGAAAGUGGGAGUCUUAGUGCAAAGAGGUUUGUUUCCCUCCCCAAAAAAAUUGCCGCACCUUUUGUGUUUUUCAUGUUAUUCGGUAGAAGCUGGUGACGAGAAUUAGAGAGAUUAUCCAAUCCCAAAUCAAUAUCCAUUGACCCAGAGAUCUAGCUUCACUCUGCGAAACGAUCACCGUGUCUUCUCUAUCUAUCUCUUUCUAAUCUGUAAGUUUUUUUUCUCUUUGUUUCGCAAGAUCUACAUAUUCGUCUUUCCAACAACCAACCAUUUUUUCUGAUCUGCCCAAAAAAUGUCUCACAGAAAGGAUACCAACAAUUAUUCUUCCUUACCCAUUAGCUCGUAUCUAGAAUUGCAGCCUCAAAAUGAUUCCUCAAAAUCCUUACAAAGGCCUACUUUUGACGAAUCCGAGGUGUAUUUGGGAUCCAAGGUCGAUCACGACGACGAUGACGAUUUGGAAAUCGACAUCGAUAAUUAUCCCCUUGUCGUUAUGGGGCCCAAUCACGGUUCUGGGAUACCUGGUGCUGUUUUCAAUUUAACAACCACUGUUAUUGGGGCAGGGAUUAUGGCCCUCCCUGCCACUAUGAAAGUUCUAGGAGUGGUUUUGGGGAUUGUUUUGAUCAUUAUUAUGGGAAUUUUGUCUGAAAUUAGCGUCGAAUUGUUGGUGAGGUUUUCUGUUUUGUGUAAGGCAUCCUCCUAUGGGGAGGUUGUUCAACAUGCUAUGGGAAGGCCUGCCAGGAUUUUGUCAGAAAUUUGUAUUAUUGUCAACAAUGCUGGUGUUUUGGUGGUUUACUUGAUAAUCAUAGGGGAUGUUAUGUCUGGUUCCGUUCACCAUUUGGGGGUUUUUGAUCAGUUAAUGGGGAACGGGGUGUGGGAUCAGAGGAAGCUUGUCAUUUUUGUUGUCAUGGUGGUUUUCCUUGCCCCCCUUUGUUCACUUGACAAGAUUGAUUCGUUGAGCUUGACUUCGGCCGCCUCAGUGGCUCUUGCUAUCUUGUUUGUCCUUGUCACUUUUACUGUUGCUUUCAUCAAGCUCGUGGAAGGACGGAUUGAUGCUCCCAGGAUGGCUCCUGAUUUUAGCUCUAAAACUGCCAUCUUGGAUUUGCUUGUCGUGAUUCCCAUCAUGACUAAUGCAUAUGUUUGCCAUUUUAAUUUGCAGCCGAUAUAUAACGAGCUUGAACAGCGGUCUCCUCAGAAGAUGAACCGAGUUGGAAGGUACACCACAAUUUUGUGCAUCCUAGUUUAUUCUUCCACUGCCAUAUCGGGUUACCUGCUCUUUGGGAAAGAUACUGAGUCUGAUGUGCUGACUAAUUUUGAUAAGGAUCUUGGAAUUCGGUUUAGCUCAGCCUUGAACUAUAUUGUCCGGGUUGGCUACAUUCUUCAUUUGAUACUUGUUUUCCCUGUAAUUCAUUUCUCACUACGCCAAACAGUGGAUGCACUAGUGUUUGAAGGAUCACCACCUCUAUCAGAAAGUAGGAAGAGAUCUCUGGGGUUGACUGUGGUUCUGUUGGUCCUCAUAUAUAUUGGCUCUACCAUGAUUCCAAGCAUAUGGACAGCUUUUAAGUUCACCGGGGCAACCACGGCUGUUUCAUUGGGUUUUAUAUUUCCUUCUCUUGUUGCAUUGAGAUUAAGUCAUCAGGGGGAUUUAAGCUAUGGGGAAAGGAUUUUAUCUUGGUUGAUGUUAGUAUUAGCUGUGACUGUUAGCAUAGUAGGAGUUGUUGGCAAUAUCUAUAGCCUUGAGAGUAAGUCUUAGUCCACGAUUUGGUUUCUUUUUCACAGGAAUCAUGAGCUAAAAUUUAGUAUACAACAUUUGUUCAUUGGCUCUGCUGCAAUGUAAUUCAAACAGCAGAGGAUUGGGGGUGACAGGAUUGUUCUGUAGUAUGGGAUAAGUAUUUUUGCCCCAGCUAUGAUAUAUAUGAUAUGAGAUGCACAUAAACUUUCAUUUGAGGAAUGAUGAAUUGAUGACCGAUUGAUUCAGUAUGAGAGGAAUUUGUGGCUGAUUAUUUUGCCAGACAUAGCUAUGUAUACUGUUCUCAGUGUUCUGUUCUUUAUGCCAGUAUGAACUUUUUUGUUCAUUGAUUUUACACAAGGACAGUGUUGUAACAUUUGUAACAGAUUCACAGAAUUGCUUAACUGGCACAUUUCCACGAUCUAUUUUCAUUUUCCAA